UGCGUUCCCCCCGGUUGCCAUCCCCAGGGACACCCCGCCCCCCCUCCCGAGGCAUGAGGCCCAUAGUUCCCCCCCCCCCCCGCUGCCUUCCCGUUCCCGCCUCGCCGGGGCCCCCGGCCCUCCCUGCCCCGCUACCGUGCCCCCAGCACCCACCCGGCCUGUGCCCGGGCCCUGAGGAGGCACCUUGCCCAACGCCAGGCCUCCCCGCGGGGGCUCAUCGUGGCCUUACCCUGUGUCCCCUUGGGGUGCGCUGGGCUGGGCCCCGUGGGGCUGGGGAGGCAGCACGGGGAUGCUCUGCGGCAGGACGUGCUGGGGACGGCAUCCUGGCCAGCGCUCCUGGGGCAGGACGAAGCAUCUUGGCAGCGCUUUUGCCCUCAAGGACUUCUACCUGAAGAAAUGAGAACCAGACUGUGUUCCCUGGGGGAGUGCCAGGGAGGAAGAAGAGCUGGCUCCCCAACGAGCCUCUCCAGUGGCUCGCGGAUGGAGCUGGGGUUGACUGGACCCUAGCUGGGGUGCUGGGACAGCCCAGCUGUUAAUCCUUCCCCUGGAGUCUUAGCUUGGUUGCUCUGGUGUUGUAAAAAGGAGCCGAUGGGUCUGAAAGUUGAAUGGCAGAGCUGCGAGAAGAGCUCAGACAAGCCUGAAGUGUUUCCUGAAUGCCUCCAGGCUGGGAAUGAGGGGCGCAGGAGUGGGGAAGCCCUGUAGCACUGUGCCAGCCUCCUGUCACCUGCAGCCCAGCCAGGCAGGGAAUCUUGUGGGCGGCAGAGUUCAGCUCCACAUCAACACCCUCCCUACGUGACUCCUUGUGAUGCGGCUUCUCUUUCUCAUUGCUGUGUGCUCCCCACCAGACAUACACGUGAUGGUCUGGUGGCUACUACGCAGUUUGGGGGAAUUAACAGCGAAUUGUUGGUUUGAUUACAGUUUUAUCUAAAAAUUUUUCCUUGAUUCUUAGUGGUUGUACCCAGCAGAUAGUGGCAUUUGUCUGUCCUUGCAUUACUCUUGCUGCAGUCCUUAAGUUUUGUAUUAGGCAAACUUUGUUGAUGACAAAUCAGCCCCUCCCUCUCUUCAGUCGUGCCUGGGGUGCUACUCAGCAUAGCAGUAAUCACAUUUUAAGGUGGACACUGACGGGGCCAAAUGCCACUGUCCCCAGAUAAUCAAGCCUGCAUGGAGAUAUCAUGUCACUGAUGCAGGUCAGGGGCUUUGGCUGCCAUACCAGCCUGGCCAGGUGCCAUUCCUUGGCAUUUCCCAGGUUCAUCCUGUGCAGCAAGUCUGGGAGUAUUUGACGGCUUCUUCCCAACUUGAAUCUUUGUUUCUGCUCCACUCCUGAGCUCUGAGAGACCGCUGUAUGGAGUGAGGUGGUUGUAGUGCCUACAGGGGAAUCUUUUCCACCCCAGUCAAGACAUGGAAGGGUCCUCAUCACGUACCGAAGGACAGACCUGGGAGCUUUCUCUUCCAGUUCCAGAUAUUUUUGAGAAAAAAGUAUCAAGAAAAGAGGAUGGACAAAGAAUUGAUGUAUUUUGAGCUAAUUGGGCAGUUCUUGUCUCCUUGUUACAUACUGGUAUUUUAUAUUUGUUCCACUCACCCCGAGACUUCCACCUUUAUUUUAUUUCUGUGUCAAAGGCUGAGAGUGUGCCCAGGCUGCCUAAAACCAGACUGAUCUGUGCUGACCACCUGUUGGUUCCUGUGCUGGUGGCCGAGCUCUCCCCGGGUCUCGCUGCGUAAUUCUCCUGUCCCUUUUCUCCCACUGUGAAGCUCAAUUGAGAAAGCGAUCCCUUUGGUUCGCUGUCUGCUCGGAUCUGCAGGAAGGUGCUUUACACCUCCUCACUGAAAGGCUGUAAAACACCCCAUGCUUUAGCUGGUUGCUUUUAACACAGACUCAGUUUCCCUACUGUAGUUUAUGCUGCAAUACAACUGCUCUGUAGCCCAGACAAUGGGAAAGUAUGAAUCAGGGAUGGGAGUGAGGGCAGGGACUUCCCAGCUUUGCUGCUGGGGAAACAGAACUGCACGGCCCACUGUCACUGGGUGGCAGGUCCUCUUUGGUGGCCUGAGGACUCUGUCAGGGUGGAAAAGCUGAUAUCCUUCAAUAGCGAUGGGGACUGCAUGCUCUGGACCUUUUGCCUUUUGGUCUGGCCCCCGCACUCUGGUCACAGCCAGGUCAGCCUGCCUGGGGCAAGCACUGAGCCAGCCCUUUAUUUUAGAUGUCCCCAGUGCACUCUCUCCACGGCAAAGCUGCAGCCCUGGAUUUUCUGCCUAACCACGCUGGAGUCCCUCACCUUGUCCAACACUGUGCUCCAGUGCCCUGCAAGCAGUGACAAAGUCCCUUGUGAACUUGAACGUGUGAGCCUUCAGUCCCCAGUGCAGCCUGCGUGUGCGUGGAGGGAGGCAUUUGCUGUGGCGCAGAGCAAGGCUGCAGCUGGAUUCCAGCUCUCCUGUGGCUUGGUCCAGCACCCUGCUGCCCGUAAGGUCUGCCUGCCUCCCUCCUCGCCACCUUGGGAACGGGAGUGCGUGCCAGAGCUGCUCUGCUCUUCUUGCAGGGCAGUACUCUGCUUAGUUAAAGGAUCAUUUUGGGCAGCCAUGCACCACAGCUGUUGAAUUGAAAUGACUAGCCCCAGCGCAAAUGCCAGGCACAAAUGUAAUCCUGGGAUGCAGGUGGAAUUUGCUGACACAUCCUUGUGGUGGGGGUUUCUCACUUGUAUUUUUUUUUUUAUCUGAGUGGCCGAGCAAAACCUUAGUGUCUUGAUUAGGAGGCAAAUUGGUUGUCAUCCUGUGCCUCUGGUUUUGCACCCAAAACUUGCUUCUACAGGAUGAUACUGGAGCUGAGAGGGAGCAACGAUGCUUAAUUGGGUGGCAAAGCAUCACGGCAGGCUGUUGGCCCCUGUGCCACCAGCAUUUUUGUGGUGGCCGAGCUGUCUCUGAGCUUUCUUGCCCCCGUGGACUUCUUCUUGGGCCAGCAGGACCCUCUGCUCUUCAGCUUGAACUUGCGGAUGGUGUCGGGUGCUGCUUUGUCUCAAUAUGUGACUGGACUUGAGGCCACUUGUUUCCUGGAGCUAAUGUAGGUGAGGGUUGUUUCUGUGCUAUUGAAACACAAGAGUUUCUACCUAGCUACCAGGUGCAAGAGCAGCUAUAAGCACUCUCAGUCAGUUGGUUUCAGAUCAAUGCGGUUGAUCUUGUUCAAAGUUUUUAAAUUUUUUGAAGGGGUACAAACCCUUAUUUUUAAAUGUAUAUUGGUUUUAAAACCUGUUUAUUUUGUGUUGUUCUUAACUCGCUUGUUCAAGCUUUAACCAAAAGCCCCAGAGCUGCAAGUGAGGAACUUGGUGUGAACUCAGGUCUCGUUUAGAAAAAGAUGUUACCCUUUCUAAUCCUAAAGAACAGAAAUUGCACCCUGCAAUGACACAGGAAAAAAAAAUAGCAAAUCACAGUUGUCUGGCCCCCCCCUCGCCUUAUGACUUUGGGCUGCGUGAGGCUGACAGCACAUUAUCAGGUCAGCUUGCAGCUCAUACAUUUGCAAGCUCUUGUUAUUUUAAGCGUGUCACCACAGCUGCGUUUAAAAUAACCUUCCCAGCUAAAUUCACGUGACGGAGGGAUGAUGGGCACACCCGGGCUCUUAUACUCUUGUCCUUUCCCAUUAUAAACGGGUCUGCGAGGAGCUGCCACACUGCCGUUAGAGGAGCACAUGCUGCGGGGAGGCAGGGGCUGGAGGAAGGGACUUCCACUGAUGCUUACUGGGGUGCGCGUGGGCUGGUGGUGGUCUCUGUGCGCUUGUGAUGUGACAUUUGUAAAGGCUGUGGCAGCAUUCCAGCUGACAUCCUGAAGCUUGCGAGCAGGCUGUGCAAUAAUAAAAGGUGCUAGUGAAAUAAUUGUAAGCUGUACGGUCACUCCAACAGUGACAACUUUGGCUUCUAUAUUGUGUGUCAGUAAGUCCAAGCCAUUAAUAAGUCCAUUAAUUACUAGUAAUGAUGUUUGGGUUUGACUUCUAGCCCGACCAGUUCACCCUGGGCUUUUCCCAGCUCAUGUUUCUACAAUAAAAUUUCCAAGUGUAGUUUUGUUGCUGUUGUGAGCAGCAGAAUGGACUCCUGUUCCUUUGUCUUAGGGUUGGGUUGGCAGAACUAGGAAUUGCAUCAAACUGUGACCUUCCUCCGCCCCACAACUCUGACAGAGUUAAACGUGAAGGGAAACUUCUCUGACUGGUAACUAGCAAGGAUUUACCUUCCAGCAGGUGACAUGGUUUGUGCCCAGAGCCAUGGGGACAUGACAGCUGCUGUCCCGUUGUGCCCACAGCCUGGCCUGUGAAGGUGCCUCCAUCCCCGCCAGUUCUUCUGGAUGUUCAGCAGCUGCUUUGCCAAGCUAUCCUUGCAGAGAGGACAGGAGCCGGUUUGCAGGCAGACAUCAGAGGUGGCUGUGCUGGCACGCAGGAGAGCCUGGCAGGGCAGCAGCUUUCCUUGAGGACAUAUAACUCUUAUGGGAUCCUGUGUGGGACGUCCCCACCUCAUACAGCCUCCGGUUGGGAUGCUGAUGACCUGAUGCAAGAGGAUCUUAGAGGCGUGGUGCAAUAGUUCAUUUUAGGAGGAUUCAGGACACCUACGUCUGUAGCUCUGUGGUCUGCCAGUUGCUCCUUGCAAGAGUCUUUUCUGUAGGACUGCCAUGGGGCUGAACGUGUGUGUGCAGUACUGCCAGUCGUUGCUGGAAACCAAGGUUUCAUGUGAGAGGCCAGCUCUUCCUUUGACUCGGUCGCAGGAGACCCUUGUGGAGCCCAACGUGUUUUUUCAUCUUGCAGCUCGCCCUGCUUAUCUCCUGGGGUACUGGGCCGCGUGCUUUUCCCUGCCGGGAUAACAGCACCUUUCAUGCAGUUGUCUUGUUUCAGGCCAGCAAAGAUGCUGCUGUAGAUGACUGACUCGCUCGUGCCUUGUGUGUUAUGGCUGUACAUGGCCUCUGCAGGACCAGAACGUGCUAAUCUGGGCCCUGAACAGGAGAAGAGCAUCGGGCUCGGGUCAGGCACCCUUCUGACAAGGAGGGCUCAGCCGCACCGGGCCUGGCACCUCGUUCAGCAGCAGGCGAAACCCAUCUGGAAUUUAGAGAAGAAGUAUGUGAGCACUUUCCAGGUUCGUGGCCUGCUGCCCUCAGGGAUUCCUCUGCAGCAAUCCUGCUUCUUGUGCUCACCAUCACUAUGCCACGCACACCCUGGUGAAGACGCCUUCCCGAGCCUGCCCUUGGCCCAGCCUUGCCUGGACCUGGGUGGGAGCACUCUGCUCUACCGACGCUCCUGCUUCAGACCUAAGCCCUACAGGCUUCCUUCCCGAAGCCCUUCAGACACCAGCUCUGCCACAGGAAGGGUUAUGUCUUCCUUGCUGAUGGAGCCCUGCCUGCUGCCUGCGCUGCCAGAGGAGCACUCUGGGACUGGGGUCAAAGGCUCUGCCCUUAGCUCAGGUCGGCAGGCUUCCAGCUCUUAUAGACCAGUGCUCAAUAACAACUCCUUCCUACAGUCAAGCAGUGCUAAAGUGCCUUUGCUGCAGUCACUGGAGAUCAAGAAGGUAAAAAACACCCACAGCUUCCCUGCCGCCUCAUGGCCCUGCUCCAGGGACGAUGGAAACUGCUCCCCCAGCAGUCUGGUCAACGGAGCAGUGAAAAGCAGCGACCUUGUGUUGGAGCAAACCACGGUCCCCUCCCUGACCCUUGUGCCCAGCGGUGCCAUCCUCAGGAAGGACCAGUGCUCGCAGGAGGAUGCUGAGAGGAGAGCGCACAGCUUAAAAGCGAAGGAGCCAGAGAGCAGCUUCAGAGAUGCUGUGCAGCAGCUAGCUGGACAGACUGCCGCAUGCAACGGCUUUGGACAUGAAGUCGAAAGCUCUGGCCUUAUGAACGUGGGCAGCCUGUCCAACUGGAACAGCAGGUGGGGGCAGCAUAUCAUAGCACAGCUCACCCCAAAAGAAACCAUUGCUCCCCUGAACUUGGAAGUGGGUAGCCAUCGCCUUAAUGGUAACUCAAGCCUUAUAGGCACCGAUGGUGCCGUCGUCUGCACUAAGCGUAUCAGUGUCCAUCUCUUGGCCUCGCGUGCUGGCUCUCCUGACUGCAAAGCUGACUGCCAGCUUGUGAGCAUGCUGAGCCCACACAGCAGGGACCGGGUGGCGAGAGCAGAGCCUCCGCACCUUGCUGCCAUCUCUGAAGUGGCCACUCAGAUAUCCACCAUCCAACUGGAGAAAGAGGAGGAAUGGUCCCAGGCUGUUCUCCCAGAAAAAUUUAAUGUUACUGCUGAGCAGUUACCGCUGGAGCCGAGCCAUCCCCAGGACGAAGCGGAGGAAGAACUUCCUGAUGGCCUGGAUGAGAGCUGCAGUCAGGAGGAGGACGAGGACAGUGACUUGGAUGCUUCCUCUGUUGCUGGCAUGUCGUCCAGUGGCUCUGUGGCUCUUGUAUCCAGGAACUGCAUCGAGUGCCUGGCCCAGCCCACUGAGGCUCAGGAAAAAGUGCUCAAACCAGCUCUUGUCUGCAGUUUAUUCCCUAAUGUGCCUCCAACCAUCUACUUCAGUACUCGGGAUGAGAGAGUGGAAAAGCUGCCUUGGGAGCAGAGGAAGCUGCUGCGAUGGAAAAUGUGCACAGUCACGCCGAACAUAGUGAAGCAAACCGUUGGCAGGUCCCAUUUCAGAGUCAGCAAAAAAAGCAACGACUGGCUGGGCUGUUGGGGUCACCACAUGAAAUCACCCAGCUUCAGAGCCAUCAGGGAGCACCAGAAGCUAAACCACUUCCCCGGUUCAUUUCAAAUUGGGAGAAAGGACCGUCUGUGGCGCAACCUGUUGAAGAUGCAGGCUCGCUGUGGGAAAAAGGAGUUUAACUUUUUCCCCCAGUCCUUCAUCCUGCCCCAGGACAUCAAAUUACUCAGGAAAGCAUGGGAGGAAGGAGCUAGCCGCCAGAAAUGGAUUGUGAAACCACCAGCAUCAGCAAGAGGCAUUGGAAUCCAGGUCAUCCACAAAUGGAGCCAGCUCCCCAAAAGGAGACCGCUGCUGGUACAGAGAUACCUGCACAAACCCUACCUCAUUGGCGGGAAGAAGUUCGACCUGAGGAUCUACGUUUAUGUCACUUGCUACGAUCCCCUCAGGGUCUACCUGUUCAAGGAUGGAUUGGUUCGCUUUGCUAGCUGCAAGUACUCCUCCUCGAUGAAGAGCCUCAGCAACAAGUUCGUGCACUUGACCAACUACAGUGUGAACAAGAAGAACACGGAGUACAAGUCCAACUCGGAUGAGACUGCUUGUCAGGGACACAAAUGGGCACUCAAAGCACUCUGGAGUUACCUGACCCAGAAGGGAGUUAAUAGCGAGGCCAUCUGGGAGAAGAUUAAGGACAUCGUUAUCAAAACCAUCAUUGCAUCUGAGCCCUACGUGAACAGCCUGGUGAAGAUGUACGUGCGGCGGCCGUACUGUUGCCAUGAGCUGUUUGGGUUUGAUAUCAUGCUGGAUGAAAACCUCAAGCCCUGGAUCUUAGAGGUCAACAUUUCCCCAAGCCUCCACUCCAAUUCCCCGCUGGACAUGAGCAUCAAGGGCCAGAUGAUCCGGGACCUCCUCAACCUUGCCGGCUUUGUUCUGCCCAGCAUGGACAACAUGGUCUCAAGGCCGCAGAUGAGAAGUGACUCUAGCUGCAGUUUGGGCAGUGCUUCGAAGGAGAAGCCCAAGCCAGCAUCUGAGCAUUUCAUAGCGGAGAAGAUGAAGAAGGCCUAUUACUUGACACAGAAGAUACCUGACCAGGAUUUUUAUUCUUCUGUCUUGGACAUCCUGACCCCAGAUGAUGUUCGCAUCCUGGUGGAGACAGAGGAUGAGUAUUCCCGGCGUGGGCAGUUUGAGCGAGUAUUCCCCACCCACAUCUCCAUGCGGUACCUGCGCUUCUUCGAGCAACCUCGUUACUUCAACAUCCUGGUGACCCAAUGGGAGCUCAAAUACUACUUGAAUAAACACAAAGGUCUGGAGCUACUGAAGAACUGGUGUGUCAAAGGGUACCACACUGGGGCAGGGACAGAUUUGGCCCAGACGUGGUCAUUGCCAAAGUCUUUCUUCCUCCAGAAGAGCAGCGUUCAAUCAAAUGGCUUCAGCAAACUGGAACUGGGCAGACUGGGCACACUCCUCCCUUCAGCUGAUGAGGACCUCACGAGAUGCCUGGAGCCCAGCCCUACCCAGAGCUUACCUCUCAACAAGUGCACUGGUGGAGCCAACCAGAAACCUGCUGGCUGCCUCUCGGACACCACCCUGGUGAUGUGACCAGGCAGCCGCUGUCCCUCCCUGGGGACACUUCAACCUACCUCAAAGGAAGAAACAGGAGCUGGCUCCGGAGAGCAAGGACUGUGGGAGCCCCUUGUGCUGCGUGCUUGCUUGCAGGGUUGUUUUUAGAGAGGGAUGUUUUACUGGGCAAAGGGGAGAGAGAUGUGUGACUUCCAUUUUUAAAACAAAUGGCAAAGCUUGAGGAAGUGGGGUUUGUCUGGCCUUUGUCCUAGGCUGCUCUUAAAGCCUGAUGUAACGGUGGUGGUUUCUUUGCUGUGUGGGAGCUGGCUGUGCUUGGAGUCAGCCUGGCCUUCCCCUCCCCAACCAGCACGGGCUGAGCCCUUGCUCACCUGGAUCUCUGUGCACUUGUCCUAAGCCGCUGGGAGCCGAGUCUGCUCCUGCAGCCCAGCCUGUGGAGAAAAGUCCCCAGCCACCACCCUGCUCCUCUGGAAGAAGCAGCGCUCAGGACUAUCAGCUGACCCGUUUCAUCCUUUCUGAACACCUCUGCCAACAUCCUGCCCUCCGCCUCGGGGCAUGGGGGAAGUCUUCGGCAUGCACAUCACUGCUUGAGAGAGACCACGGGUGCCAGCAUGGCUCUGGUUUGGCGUGGGGACAGUAGGGCUGCCAGGGAGGGAGCAUCCUCUCAAGGCUGUCUGCUUUCCUGGGUGACCUGCAGCAUGUGUGCAGGGACUGCAGGCUGGUGCUCUUCUCCUGGGCUAUGCUCUCUAUUUUCCCUUUGUUUCUCAAGGAUUUCUAUUAAAGUUUAACACUCAGCU